AAAUUUGUUGUGUACUGUGUAGAGAUGCUGUAAUUCCUAUAUAACCUUCUGCUAGCUAAGUUUAUUAAAACAGCAAACUAAACCACAGUAACUGAAGGAUAUGGGGAAUACUAAGUUAUGGUUGUGGGUGUUCUUUCUGAUGAUAAUUGUGGCAAAUGGUUGUUUGGAGGAAGAGAGAAGUGCUCUUUUGGAGCUGCAGGCAGACAUGAUGAUUGGUUUUCUAGAUUGUUGUUCAUUGCCUCGGGUAAAAUGCAACUUAGCAACAGGUCGAGUGAUCAAACUCGAUCUCAGACGAGCCUCUCUGUUUCGCGACGGUUGGAAUUUUAAUGCUUCUUUGUUUCUUCCAUUCAAAUCGCUGCAAGUUCUUAUACUAUCUCAAAAUUAUCUUACAGGAUGGACCAAAAACGAAGGGUUUGACAAACUGUCGAAUCUUACGAACCUGAAAGUACUAGAUUUGCAGGCUAAUCCCCUCCACCUAGAUGUUUUAUCAUCUUUGUGUUGGAUUUCAUCUCUUGAGGUUCUAAGACUUAGUACAUAUGUUGAUACCUCUUACAGCACACAAACGAAUUAUGUUCUUUUUUCAGAUGAAGGCAUAAGUCAGAAAUGUCCGGGGCAGAGCAAUUUAAGGGAACUCUUGUUAGAAGGUUAUGGAGUCAAUGACAUCAAUGUCCUUUCUACAUUGGGUCUUGGAACACAUAUUGGACGGAAGAAUUUAGAGAAACUCUAUUUGAGUGAAAAUAGCUUCAAUUCUAGCAUCUUUUCAUUUCUCAAGGAUCUUCCAUCUCUCACGCAUCUCGAUCUCUCAUACAAUGAAAUAGAUGGAAAAAUUGAAAUGAGUGAUAUAGUUGCUCUAAGCAAUUUGGAAUUUCUGAAUCUCCGGAAUAACAAAUUCGAGAGCUUUGUGACUACCAAAGGUAGCAAAAGAAUGAGUUGUGUACGGGCUUUAGUGCUUGGAGGUUCUAAUUUCAACUCGACCAACGUCUUACAAUCCCUAAAAUCAUUCUCAUCUCUCGAGUCCCUUGCUUAUGUUUAUAGUAAUCUCACAGCUCCGGCUAUCACUUACGCAUUAACAAAUCUGAGCACAUUGGAGUAUCUAUACUUGGGUGGAUCUUCUUUAAAUGAGAACUUUCUCUCAAGCAUUGGACAAAUGACUUCUCUUAAAGUACUGAGUUUGGCUUUUGGCGACAAUUAUGGCACCCUCCCCAAUCAAGGUUGGUGUGAACUCAAAAAUAUUCAAGAGCUAGCAUUCACUAACAACAAUUUUGAGGGAACACUUCCUUCAUGUCUCGGAAACUUGACAUCACUUCGUUGGCUGAGUCUUACUGGUAACUCCUUCACUGGAAAUAUAGACUUACAUCCAUUUUGGAGGAGACUCACAUCACUUGAGUACCUGGAUAUUUCAUAUAACCAAUUUGAAGUUCCACUGUCAUUCAAGCAGUUCGCCAACCAUUCAAAACUGACAUACUUGAAUGUUGGCUCUAAUACAAUAACUACAGACACCGAAUUUCAGAAUUGGAUCCCAAAUUUCCAGUUGCAGCUUUUUGCUAUUGAGGGAUGUAUAAACCUUCAGAAAUUGCCUUCUUUCCUUCACUACCAGUAUGACUUGAGAAUUCUUGCUAUUGGUGGAAAUCAAUUGCUAGGAAACUUUCCAACCUGGUUAUUAGAGAAUAACACCAGACUUGGAGGCCUUUAUGCUAGAGAUAAUGCUUUCAUUGGACCGUUGGAGUUGCCAUCAACUUCUCUUCCCCGUCUACAUACUAUUGAUGUUUCUAAUAACAAACUAAAUGGACAUAUUCCAGCAAACUUUAGUUCAGCCUUCCCAAAGAUUAAUCGUUUGAACAUGUCACAAAAUUUGCUUGAAGGUCCUAUACCUUCUGGGGUUAGUGGCAUUCCUUUAAGAAUUCUAGACCUAUCUCAUAAUUUCUUGUCUGGAGGAGUUCCUAGUGAUGUGACUAGUUCUCCAACAUUGUUCUACCUUCGGCUGUCAAACAACAGGUUGAAAGGGCAAAUAUUUUUGAAGGAUUUCAGAUCAGGUAUACUAUCUUUUUUGUAUUUGAAUGGCAAUAACUUUGAGGGACCACUACCUAGUAACAUUUUUCUUAGAGCCUUUAUUGUACUGGAUGCUAGCAACAAUAAUUUCUCUGGAGAGAUUCCGAGAUGGAUUAGAGAUAAUUCAAGAUUAUUACAACUUGAUCUUUCUAAAAAUCAUUUCGAAGGCUCUAUUCCAGUUGAAAUUUGCAAUUUGAAGAGCAUUAAGGUCUUAGCUAUGUCCGAAAAUAGACUUUCAGGCACUAUUCCUUCUUGUGUGAGUAGUUUGCCCCUUGAACAUAUCCAUCUUGACAAAAAUCAAUUGGGUGGAGGACUUGAAUAUGCACUUCCCAAUAUCUCUUCUCUGAUUACAUUGGAUCUUGGCUACAAUAGUUUUACAGGAAGUAUCCCACACACCAUAGGCUCACUUUCCAAUCUGAACUUCCUUCUCCUCAACCAUAACCAAUUGGAAGGAAAUAUCCCAGCUCAGAUUUGUUUGUUGAACAAGUUAUCCAUCAUGGAUUUGUCUUUUAAUAAGCUUUAUAGUCCACUCCUUCCACUCCUUCAUUGUUUGGGUAACUUAAAACAAGUGGAAAAUGAUGAACAAACAAUUAGGAGUUUCUAUUUUCGCAUGACUUCCAGGGCAGAGUGGUUACACUUCUUGUCCUGGAUAAGUUCGACAAGGCACUACCACAUUACUUAUGGAUUCAUAAGUGACGUCACAUUGAUGGAUGUGGAAACUCGGGUGCAGUUUUCAACAAAAAGAAACACAUAUACUUAUAAAGGAAGCAUUCUAAAAUACAUGUCAGGUAUUGAUCUAUCAAGCAAUAGAUUAACUGGUGAAAUUCCCAUUGAGCUGGGGAAUUUGAGCAAAAUACAUGCACUGAAUCUAUCACACAACCAUCUCAUUGGAAGAAUUCCAGAAAGUUUCUCAUACUUACAUGAAGUCGAGAGUUUAGACCUUUCCUACAACAGCUUGAACGGGAGUAUUCCUGAAGGUCUACUUGAGCUACAUCCUCUGGCGGUGUUCAGCGUGGCACACAAUAACUUAUCUGGUAGAGUACCCGAGUUUAAAGGUCAAUUCGGAACUUUCGACAAAAGCAGCUAUGAGGGGAAUCCAUUUCUUUGUGGCUAUCCAUUAGACAACGAAUGUAGCAGUACUAAAUUGUCAAAUACCUCCAAGAAUGAAAGUGAUGAAUCUGACUUGGAUUAUAAGGAGAGUUUCUACAUCGGCUUUGGCGUGUCUUAUGGAGCAAUCUUGCUGGGAUUAGCUGCAGCACUCUACUUCAAUCCUUAUUGGAGAAGGGCAUGGUUUACGCUUGUUGAGGCAUUAAUGGUCACUUCUUACUAUUUUCUCUUAGACAAUGUUGUUAGUCCUUUCAAGAAUUGGUGGUGAAGGAAGGUAAUUGUUAUUCUCUUAUUGUUGCUACUUUAUCAUUUGCUAUGUUGCUACUUUAUCACCCUCAAUAAAAUUGAUACAUUUCAGACA